CCUAAAUUAGAAAAGGGCAAUUUAGUCCAAUUAACGGGUCAUUAUUCUAACUCAGAUAAGAACAUCAGGAAGAGUUUUACUUGCUCUUUUUAUGAAUUAAUUGCUCAUGAAGCCGUUAAUAGCGAGGAUCCCGAAACUUGGGACUCUGACACGCUUUAUAACACGGUCGAAAAAUGUAAAGAAGUGAUCAAGCUUUUAGAAGAUAAAGUAAUCAAAGGAGCCUAUGAUGAGUUUGGACAACCUUUAACGGAGGAUGGUUUAUGUUCCUUAGUAGAUAGUUAUCAAGAAGAAUCAGACUUUGAUGAUGUUUAA